GGAUCAUAUAUUUCUGUAUUUAUUGAUGGUAUUGGUGAUCUUUUACUUUAUCUUUUAUCAGUAUUGGGUCUUGUCCCUGUCACUGGGUAUGGUUGUAUGUCUAAAUCAUGUUUAGCAACUAGUUUCCUUCUCAUCAGUUCUAUAUUUUCUAGUUGUUGUUGGGAGUCUAGGUUAUCAAGAUCGCCUAGUUUAAUGCCG